CCGCCGCCGCCGUCGACCCGCCGCCGAUACCAUUUUCACCGGUCUCGCGAAAGCUGACCGUCGCGCGUUCCUCAGUCCGGGCAACACAGUCGCCGCUGCCACCGCGUCCGUCGUACGACUAGUACCCGACGCCACCCGAACGGUUAGUUCUCCGGGUUGCACGACUGCAGACGCGUUUUCGCGCCAGACCAUCGGCAGCAGAUCGCCGUCGUCGUGACCGGUACCAACCAGGUCGACCUGGUCAUCAGAAGAGCACGUAGGCGUAACAGUCGAGCGGGCAAGUUGACCGCCACCGCGUAAACCGUACCAUACGUGAACCAUGGUCAAGCACAACACGGACACGAACGGCAUCGGCUACGAAUGGGAGUACGCCAAGGUGAAGGACGACAGGACGAUAUGGCAGAAAAUCCAAAACGGCAUUUACAACCCUAGCUCGCACGAGUUCCUCGGCCGGUCCGCCAAGAGUUGGGGAGGUAUUCUGCUAUUCUAUGCCGUGUUCUAUUCGAGUCUAGCAUGUAUGUUUGGUAUCUGUAUGAAAGUACUAUUAUCCACAUUGAAUGAUCAUACACCUCAUUUCACUUUAACCAGCUCUAUAAUUGGUACAAAUCCUGGACUUGGUUUUCGGCCCAUGUCACCGAACGUUGAAGACGGAUCAUUAAUUUACUAUGCAGCGGACAACGCAACUAAUGUAGAAGUGUGGACCAAUCAAUUAGAUAAGUUCUUGGCCGUGUACAAGAACAAGACCUUGUUGCCAGAUAAGGGUAACAAUCAACAAAAAUGUGGUUACAAUACGCCACCGCAAAAGGAUAAGGUGUGUGAUGUCAGUCUAGCUAAUAUGGGACCGUGCUCAUCCGAAUUCAAGUAUCAAUAUCCAAAAGCUCAGCCUUGCGUUUUUAUUAAGCUCAAUAAGAUUUUCGACUGGGAACCAGAAUUUUACAUUAACAAGUCAGACAUUCCAGCUGAUAUGCCAAAUGAACUCAAAGAAAAAAUCGGAUCAAGAAUGAAACACGAGUUAUUUACCAUUUGGGUUACCUGUGACGGAGAAGCACCAGCAGACAAAGAUAGUAUUGGACCAUUAAAGUUGUAUCCACAAGACGGAUUUCCAGGCUACUACUAUCCAUACAGAAACAAACAAGACUACCUUAGCCCAUUGAUUGCCAUACAUUUUCUGAAUCCAAAAAGACAUACAUUGAUCAACGUUGAAUGUCGUGCUUGGGCAAAGAACAUAUUUUACAAACGGAGCUUGCAGAACCGCGAAGGUUCCGUUCACUUCGAAUUGAUGAUCGACUAAAGUUGCAGGCUUAAUAGUCGACAAAUACGCUGCUAAAUCAUUUGCUUUGUUCUUUUGUUUUUUGGUGCAUCACUAAACACAGAACAUAGCCGGUUUAUUUUAGUACUAUACAACUAUAUUGUUGUAUUAUUAAUUGAUUAAAGUGAAACCCCAACAA